ACAGGUGGGUAUCAGCGAGACACAAUCAAAACAAGUGCCCAGUUCCAGGUUUUCAGUCUCGCCUGCACCUCUCGCCUCACAGGAGCUCUUGAUACAGACCCUUUCUCUAAGGGAAAGAGAAAAUUAUCACAGAGAAUAAGGGAGAACGAAGAGAUUUCUACAUCUGCAAAAGUGAUUUGUGAUUCAUCGCUUUGUGACGUUCUUUGUGUUUCAGCAUGGCGAGUGUUCGGAUAGGUUUUAUAGGAGCGGGUAAUAUGGCACAGGCUUUGGCUAAAGGGAUGGUUAGUGCAGGCCUCACGAAACCGCAGCAUAUCAUUGCGUCAUCACCCAAGACAGACCAGCAUCUCCUCGAUCAGAUGGCGGCCAUCGGCUGCAGCACGACCCACAACAACGCUGAAGCCACCGCCCACUCGGACGUGGUCGUCAUCUCUGUCAAGCCAGCGGUCGUCCCUCGGGUCCUCCACGACAUUAAACCCUCUGUGACCUCCGCUCGACCUCUCGUGACCUCGGUGGCGCUCGGGGUCACUUUAGCAACGAUGGAAGGAGUUCUGCCAACCGAAUCGAGGGUGAUUAGGGUCAUGCCAAAUACACCGGCCCUUGUGCAGUUAGGAGCGUCUGUGUUUACAAGGGGGACGCACGCCACGGACGCAGAUGCGACGCUCACGCACAGGUUACUAUCAGCUGUGGGAGAAUGUGACGAAGUUCCAGAAACUUUCCUUGAUGCCAUUACUGGACUGAGUGGGGCCGGACCAGCUUACAUGUACCUUGUGGUGGAAGCGCUGGCCGACGGAGGCGUCAAGAUGGGUUUGCCAAGACCGCUGGCGCAAAAACUCGCGGCACAAACCAUGAUGGGAGCGGCGAAGAUGGUGAUGGCAACAGGCAAGCAUCCGGGACUGUUGAAAGAUGAAGUGUGUUCUCCGGGAGGUUGCACGAUCCAGGGAGUCCACGCCCUCGAAAAAGGCGGCAUUCGGGCGGCCUUCAUCGACGCAGUGCACGCAGCGACGACAACAUCCAUCUCUACUGCGAGUGGAAAGUAGGCUUACACUCCCCCUCCCCCCCUCGCUACGCACGUUGUUCCUCGGCCUGAGAUGUUUCAGUGGGGAGUUUGUGUGGGUGGUUGCUUGGUAAGAGG